AUGACGCCACCUUCCGAUCCCGUCAUCAUCAUCGGGGCAGGCGUCGUCGGCCUCGCUCUUGCCCACGGAUUGGCAAAUGCUGGCAUCCCGUUUGAAAUCUACGAGCGAGAUGAAGACGCCGACUCACGACCCCAGGGCUGGGCCAUUACUCUACUUUGGGGGCUCACAUUUCUUCGUCGUCUACUCCGACAAGACUCUCUUGACGCUGUGGAUGGUGCUCAGGUCGACAUGGACAUAGCUCGGAACGACACGGGCAACUUUCUCUUUCUAAAUUUGGCCACGCUUGAGACCAAGUUCCGCAUCCCGCCCAGUGACCGUCGUCGCGUCGGCCGCCAGCGUUUCCGCAAAGCACUCCUCUCUGAUACACGAAUCCGAGAUCAUAUGCAUUGGGGUAAGAACCUUUCGGGGAUCGACACGUUGGAGAACGGCAGCGUGAGUGCCCGGUUCCAUGACGGCAGCGCCGCCAAAGGUGCUGUCAUCGUGGGUGCCGAAGGAGCCAGUUCGCCUACUAGGCGGUUCCUCGUACCCGACAAUCACCACAAUCGAAGUCUCAACGUCAAACUUAUCGGAGCCGCAGUCGAUAUGACGCCGGAGCAGGCCAGACCUUUGAGAGAGAUCGACCCGCUGCUCUUCCAAGGCUGCCACCCCGAUACCGAUAGCUUCCUGUGGGUCUCGACAAUCGACACGCCCGAGACUAACGGGAGCAUCGGAUCCGACAACGAGUACUACAAGAUGCAGCUUAUAAUCUCGUGGCCCGUCAAGGUGCCACCAGAUGCAAUGGUGCCCUCGACAGCGGCGGGUUGCAUAGAGGAGAUGAAGCGCCGCGCUGCUGGAUUCCAUCCGAAGCUUCUUGGUGCCAUCGAUCUUGUAUCGGAGAAGUCCAACCCGUCGGAGAUUGAGCUGAAGGAUUGGCCAUGCCACCCCUGGGACAACCACGACGGCUCUGUGACACUGGUGGGCGAUGCAGCCCACGCGAUGACCAUGUUCCGCGGCGAGGCUGCAAACCAUGGCAUAAUGGAUGCGUACCACCUGGCACAAGCGCUGCAGGACAUAUAUGAAGGCCGAGCAAGCCGCAAGGAUGCUAUAGACGCUUACGAGUCUGAGAUGCGAGAGCGGACAAGAGUGGCCGUUGAAUGGAGCAGGGAGGCCUGUAUCGGUGCGCACGACUAUCACGGGCUAAAUGAGAAGUCAGCAGUUCUACGGAGGAGAGCAAUCAAGAUGCCGGUCGACUAG